AUGGCCGACACCACCGUUACCAGCACCUCCCCCAGCAGCCCAACGAUCCACGGGUUCUUCGAAACUCAAACCAGCACCUGGCAAUACCUUGUCGUGGACCCGACCACCUCCAUCGCAGCCAUCAUCGACCCAGUCCUCGACUUUGACCGCGAGACACAAACCGUCAGCACCACGACGGCAGACGCGCUGCUGGCCUUCAUCGCCAGCAACAACUACACCAUCUCGCACAUCCUGGAAACGCACAUCCACGCCGACCACCUUACAGCCGCCUCCUACCUGCAAACCCGCCUCACGCAGACCCAGACGGAAUCAUCCCGCCCACCAAUCUGCGCCGGCAAGCGCAUCGAGCAGGUACAAACGCUCUUCGCAACCCGCUACUCCAUCCCCACGGUCGAGCACCAAACCGCCUUCGACAAGCUCUUCGACGACGACGAGACCUUCCGUAUCGGGAACCUCGAAGCAGUCGCCAUACAUCUGCCGGGCCAUACCCCGGAUCACUUGGGCUAUCACAUUGGUGACAACAUCUUCUGCGGCGACUCCGUCUUCCACCCGGACAUCGGGACAGCGAGAUGCGACUUCCCAGGCGGCUCAGCAGAGAGCCUGUACCACUCCGGCAAACGACUACUGGCCAUGGACCCAGAGACAAAGAUCUGGGUAGGCCACGAUUACCCGCCUGCGGAGCGGGGCGAGGAGGUACCGUAUAUGACGGUGCGGGAGCAUCGGGAGCACAAUAAGCAUUUGCGGGAGGGGGUCGAGAAGGAUGAGUUUGUAAGACUGCGCAGGGAGAGGGAUCAGAAGUUGGGUGAGCCGCGCUUGCUGCAUCCUUCUUUGCAGAUUAAUGUGCGGGGAGGAAGGAUGCCUGCUCCUGCUUCUGCUACUUUGCGGGAGGGGGUGGAGGGGGAGCAGCCCAGCACCAGCACCAGCACCAGCCCUAAUUCAUGGAACCAUUACCCCAUCCAACCCAACCCUCUCCCCAUCUAG